AAGAGGUUAGAGGAAGCCAGGAUUUUGUUUCUGAAGGUUGGUACGCUCGGGACUUCAAAGCCUAAGAGUGUUUUCAUUUUGUACUGCAAAUGUGGGAGACUUUAGUGUAACAUAGUAAGUUCUUUGAGCACUGCCUGGUAAUGUUACUCUAAAUAGCCUGCAACCCGACUGGUUGGAGCAGAGGGUUAUUCCUUCCAGGUGGAUGCCUGUAUAAAAACCUCUGGAGCCUGCAUCUGCCCACAGGAAACCUUGCACUCUCUGCCGCAGCAGCUCUUUUGCCAUGAUCUCUGCACAGCAGCCACCAUUCUCCAACAUAAUUCAGAGGGUAAUGGACUGCCAAACUGGGGAAGAAGAAACCAGUGACGAGCACCACGACUGUAAAAACUGCACUUGCAGCUCCAAGUGUGCAUCAACAGGAGAAUUCAACUCAGGUUCACCAGCAAUUCUUGAACUAUUACAGAACUGGGUUCCUAGAGUUUCGCACUACUUUGACAAAGAGCACUACACAUAUGUUGGCCACCAGAUUGUCAUUCAGGAGUCCAUAGAACACUUAGGAGCUGUGGUAUGGCCGGGGGCACUGGCUCUAUCUCAGUAUCUGGAAUCAAAUCAAGAACAAUUUGACCUCAAAGAUAAAAAAGUUUUGGAAAUUGGUGCCGGAACAGGCUUGGUUUCCAUUGUGGCCUGUAUUUUAGGAGCUUAUGUUACAGCUACUGAUUUGCCUGAAGUUCUUGAAAAUCUGUCAUACAACAUUUCAAAAAAUACACGUAACACGAAUAUGCACAAACCUGAAGUGAGAAAACUGGUGUGGGGAGAAAGCCUCAAUGAAGACUUUCCUGCAUCAACCUACCAUUAUGAUUUCAUAGUGGCAACUGAUGUUGUAUACCCUCAAGUAGCUUUGGACCCCCUGCUGGCAACAAUGGUGUAUUUUUGCAGGCCAGGAACAGUGUUGCUAUGGGCAAAUAAAUUCAGAUUCAGUACAGACUAUGAAUUUUUGGAAAAAGUUUGUAAUACAUUUAACACAACCAUUCUAGCAGAAUUUCCAGAAUCAAAUGUCAAGCUGCUUAAAGCCACGGUAAGAGAGAAUUAA